AGUUUAUGUCUAUCGAUUUGUCGCAGCGUUACCAAUACUUUGUGCGUCGCAAAAGAAAAUUAAGAAAUAUUGCAAAAAAUAGCUAUGGAAAGUACGCAAGAACAUGUAACAAUCACAAAUACUGCAGUAUCUGCAAGUGUUCAAACCACCAUGGCGCCCGUAGUUGCUUCGCACGCAGUAGACGUCCCUGCCACUGUCAGUGUGUCAUCGACAUCUGUCAACACUUGCGCAGCCCCAGCAACACCAACAAUAUCGACUGCAACAACAGCAACAACAACAACGCCUUCGAGUAAAACUCCUAUUCACAAUUUGCCGAUAGAGUUGCUACAAACCGACGCAGCAAAACGUCGAAGUUCCUCGCGUACAAUCAAACGAAAACGGUUCGACGACGAAAUUGUGGAAUACAAUCUUACAAUACCAACGAGCCGCGGCGGUGCUGAUGCUAACCGCUCCAAUCGACCGCGCACAACAUCGCAAAACCAUCCUGGAAUUGUGACAACCCCAACUUUACUGCAAUCGCCCUCUCCAACAGUAGUUGCUGUUACAGCAACAGAAACGCCUCAGACUCCAGGUGCAGCAGUGGAAACGCUAUCUGGCACCCCGACUUUAGUGACUGCUGCAACACCUGCGACGCCUUCAGCGCCAGCAGCGCCCACGUUGCCGGUUCCGACAAUUAUCACUCCUGUGCAGCAACCGCAACCGAAACCAAAGCCUGUUAUGGAGCGUGCUCCAGCCACUGAACGGCGUCCUCGUCCUUCGCGUCCAGCAAGCAACAAAAAGCCACGACGCAAUGGCCGUCCGCUGGCACAGAUGGCUACCAAGGAUUUGGGUCGCUGGAAGCCAAUUGAUGACCUGGCGCUGGUUAUUGGCAUACAGCAAACAAACGAUCUACGCAUGAUUCAUCGCGGCAUCAAGUUCUCCUGCAAAUUUACCCUGCAGGAGCUGCAGCAGCGCUGGUAUGCCCUACUGUAUGAACCAGCCGUGUCGCGGAUUGCCGUGUCCGCCAUGCGUAAUCUGCAUCCAGAGAUGGUGGAGUCUGUACAGCGCAAGGCGCUCUACAGCGUGCAGGAGGAAGAUCUGCUGGGCACCAUUAAGAGUACGGAGACGCCCAAAAUGGAGCAGUUCCAGGAGUUGCUUGACAAGAACGCCGGCAUUUUUUAUUGCGCACGUACUGCUAAAUCGUUGCAUAAUCACUGGCUGCUGCUCAAGCAGUACUGCCUGCUGCCGGAUCAAACGGUCAAGCCGCUGCAGGGUUCGGAUCAGCCACUCAGCUUUUCAGAUGCAGAGGAUCAGCUUUUCGAUCAGGACUUGCACGAGCCGCGGGAUGAGGCACUGGAAAUUGAAUUGACACUGGCCGAUCGUCGCAACAAGCGUGAUAUACGUCUGCUGGAGAACGAGCUGUCACGUUGGGGCGUGCUAGUUGACUCAGUUUUGGGACCCACGGCGGCCAGCGAAUUUGAUAAUCAAACGCUCGCCUGCCUUUGCGGACGCCUGGUGCGUUAUCUAAUGCGCUCCAAGGAGAUAACAUUUGGUCGCGAGGCCAAGGAGUGCGGUGUGGAUGUUGAUCUGUCCUUGGAGGGACCCGCUGCAAAGAUUUCGCGUCGCCAGGGCACCAUUAAGAUGCGCAGCAAUGGCGACUUCUUCAUUGCUAAUGAAGGCAAGCGUGCUAUCUUCAUUGAUGGCAUUCCGCUACUGAAUGGAAACAAAACGCGACUGGCCCACAAUUGCACUGUGGAAAUCUCCGGACUGCGCUUCACAUUUUUGGUGAACUAUGAGCUAAUCAAUGCCAUACGACAGGAGAGCGCCAAGACAUCGAAUCAUUUAAAUUAAGCCUAGCCUAGUGUAAAUUUUAAACAACAGCAGCUGUCCCUCUCAAGGUAGGUCGCUGUUAUGUAUUUCUAUUCUUAAUCUUCAAUAAGAAACAAGUUCUGGAAUUAUAUGACAUAAACAAUGGCAUAAACGAGUACUUACCGCCCACUUGAGCUGCAAAGUCAAUGUGCUCACACGCCUUCUAUCGAGCGGAAGCAGGCAACAAGUUCGCAAUUAAGCAAGACCCCAAAACAAUACUCUACCUAACGGCAUAUUCAACAUUUUAUUCAUUUCUGAUUCGUAUAUAUUUCGAUACUUAUAUAUUAUCUUUUAUAAAAGUGAAAUGUGGAUAAACCCGUCUGGCCAAAUUUAGACAUCUUGCUGCUUGGUAUUCUUAAAGCAGGAAGUGCAAAGGAAGUAUUUAGGCUGAAGUUGGCAUGUACGAGAGGAAGUUAGGAACAGGGUAUAUUCUAAUCGGGCAUUCCCGAUUUGAGCACAUUUUCAUAUUUUUGUCAUAAUGUAUGUUACAGGCAGAAAGUAUAUGCAUUCUUGAUCAUCAUUAAUAUUCGUGUCAUUCUAGCAUUGUCCGUCUGUCCAUUCGUCCAACUAUCCGUCCGACCGUCCGUCCGUUCGUCCAUCUAUCCGUUCGUCCAUUUAUCCGUCCGUUCGUCCAUCUAUCCGUCCGAUCGUCCAUCUAUUCGUCCGAUUGUCCAUUUAUCCGUCUAUCUUUCUUCCAUCUAUCUGUCCGUUCGUCCAUCUAUCUGUUCGUCCGUUCGUCCAUCUAUCUGUCCGUCUGUUCGUCCAUCUUUCCGUCCGUUCGUCCAACAUUCCGUCCGAUCGUCCAUCCAUCAGUCCGUUCGUCCAUUUAUCAGUCCGAUUAUCCAUCUAUCCGUCCGUUCGUCCAUCUAUCGAUCAGGUCCUCCUAGUGGCCACAGUACGAGCUUAUUUCCGAUAAUCUAUAACUUGUCGAGUUAAAAAAAAUCCAUAAAAAUAUAUUUUGAAAUCCUUUUGGCAUGUGCUGCAUUCGUUGUUGGUAGAAAAGAUUGCAAGGUAUUGCAUAGUCGGGUACUACCGACUACAGUUUUUAACAUGUUUUGUUUGGUUUGACACAAAUUGUAACAGGAUUGAUUUAAAUUGUUGGCGCGGUUUGAGUCAAGAACUCCUACGCAGUUAGUUGGCAACUUCUGGCCAAGAACAACGACAAAUUUGAGUUCUUGGGGCGCUAUGUCAUUCGGCUAAUUUGCGACUGAGUCGUAAGCUGCUAUUAAUUACAGCGCAGCUUUUGAAAGUAUCUACCCCAAAACCAUUCUAUUCUAUUCGCAUCAGUCAGCCAUAACAAAAACAUAAAUAAAAAAAAGCAAUUCUGCGCUUUUGGGAAUUUUUGAUUAACGCUGAGACACGCGAUUGUUUAAAGUUCUUCUCAUAUGUAAUUAGAAAUAACAAAAUUUAAAUAAAGUCUUUUGUCCAAUUACACAA